GUCUUCGUGUGUGUGUUUCUAGAGAAUUAAGAAAGCCAUGGAAACAGUUGAAGUAAGCUUAGUUAUCGCCAUGCUAAACCACUCUUUAACCCUAAUCUUUACCAACAAACUCACCAUUUUCCUCACCCUAAUAACCUCCUUCAUCCUCCGCCGCAUCUUCCACAACAUCCGCUGCCGCCGCCGCUUCCCCAUCAUCGUCUUAAAGCCUUGUUCAGACAAGACGGGAGGAAGAGGGUCGACCAAAGCAGUAUACUGUGCCGUCUGUCUGCACCAUGUCGCCGGAGGGGAACGCUACCGGAAACUGCCGCUGUGCCACCACUGCUUCCAUGUGGAGUGCAUCGACCCGUGGUUUGAGUUGAAGUCUACGUGCCCAUUGUGUCGAAGUCAGCUCCCCCUCAAUCUUCUUCCUCCGCGGACUCAACAGGAACCACCCAGUUUUGUCGCCAUGGCUCUUAAGUUUUCUGUAAAUGCUGUCCAUGAUAAGAUCAAAUGUAGGCUUUCUAGAAUUAAAAUUAAAUUAAAUUGGAUGUAAAAUUAUGAUUACUUUGAAU